UAGGAAACUCUGCUACUCUGUUUGUUAACGGCUUUUGGACUUUGGUCAAAAUUAUAUUUUUAUUGGUCUUUCCUUUAUUAUGUGAACUAUUGUUGAAAUAUUUUCUCAACGCGAAAUCAAUGUAAAUUUAGUCGGUAUGAAUGUACAUACUACUCGAAAUUGUUUUAAAGCUGAGAUGAUCGCUAAUCUAAAAUCUGGGAGGACAGAUUCUUCCAUUAAAAAGCGUGACAGUCAAUGGGAAAAUGAGGUUGUGAAGGGUGGAACUUCAUUAUCUUAUAUUAUUGCACCACCUUACGGAGAUCGUUUUAUACCUCGACGAUAUUUUUCCCAUCGCCUAAACAAAAAUCUUAAGUUUGCAACCAAGAAUAUGGAAAAAGAUGUCCUCAAAGUUCGUUUCGCAGCUAAUUAUUGGAGACAAAAUAGCCUAAAGAUCGCAAUCGAUAAAUCAUUCGAAUUGAAAGAAGAAAGAAUUCUACAGCUUAGUGAUCAAACAGUCAAAGGAUUCGAAAGCCACUCCUAUAUGCUUGAAACUAUUGAUGUAUAUAGUGAUGAGUACGAUUGGCGUUGCAUCCCUCGUUCAAAACCUCUGGCAUUUGCUGAAACCACACACGACUCCCCCGGUUUUGAUUCGACGUUCGAUCCAAAUAUGGUGGAUUGGUCGGUGAAUGGACAAAUUGUAGCUUCUUUUGGACAAGACUUGAUAAUUUGGAAACGUACCGAUGAUGUUACUAUGUUAUUCAAUGUAAAAAGUAUCAAGUCUUUGGCAUUUUCUCCGGAUGGCAAGAUUCUUGCAAUUGGAUGCAAAAUCGAUGAAUAUCCAGUUUUAGAAUUGUGGGAAGUUGUUAAUUCCACAAAGUCUUUGGUUGUGAAUGGAAAAGUAUUCUCUAGAGACCAUUUAAACCUACACAGCAUGAUAUGGAAUCAAUCAGGAUCACAAAUUAUAUGUGGAACAGGAUUUGGUUGCUUAUAUGUUCUCUCAGUGCCGGAUUUAAAGGUAUUAAGAAAAGUUCGACGUCAUAAGAUGCCUAUCAACAGAAUAAAGCUGUCACCGAAUAUGAGAUACAUUGCCAGUGGAGAUACAAGUGGAGACAUCGUGGUAUAUAAUUGGAGUUCCUGUGAUGUGUAUCUAGUCGUUUGUUCAAAACGCAAAUUACAUACUGAUUUCGAUUGGCACCCUUGGAAUGGGGACGACUUGGUUAUAGCUGAAACAGUUCCAGCAUCAAUUGUUGUUCUACACGUUCCGAGCAAAGAAAUAGUGGCAUACUACCAGAGGAUGGAUCGAAGUAUUAUUAUCAACCAUAUCACAUUUAGUAAAAUUACUGCGGAGCUUCUUGUGAGUGUUUCCAUGGCAGGUGACGAUGGCUGCUGGGAUUUUAAAAUACUCAUUAUGUCUUCUUUGAAUCGUGUUGUAGAUUUGCUAUGCAUUCCGGAAAGUGGAGUCCGUUUCGUGGUUUGGAGCCCUGAUGGGACCAGAUUGGCUACAUCUGGCAACGAUGAAACUUUAACAAUAUGGAAUUUUUGCUCCGAAAAUAGAACAGAAUACGGUUCGACUAUACCGAAAGGAAAAUUAACUGAAUUGACUUCUAAGUUUGGUGUCGUAUUUAAAUCAUGGGAUUAUCUUAAGUAGUUUACUAAUACAUUAUUGUUAUUAAAGACUUAUGUAUUUAUUUGUUAUUAGCAUUUUGGUUUUUAUCCAAAAAUUAAAAGGUUGUGUUUAUAGUA